AGGCAUUGUGAAGAGAAAACAGCAACAGAUAUUUUAAUGGAGUUCAAAUGGUUUAUAUGUGCAGGCAGUGUAGACUUGGAGAAAUAUUUUUUUUAGUUUGAUUUUCGCAUUACAAAGCAAUAAGACGCCGUUUUGAUGCAAAAUAACUAACGAAGGUCUUGAUUGAGAUAAAUUGUUUGGUUAAAAAUAGCAGGCAGCUGUACUUUGUUUGUGUCUCUGAGUUCUCAGGGGAAACUCGCCUGUUUGCCCUCCACUCUUCUCUUUAUCUGAUGAUCAUCACAAGAAAGUUAAUAUUCCCAAUUGAUGUUGGCUUUUAAGACUUAAAACAAUCAUUUCACAGAGACAAAAGAGUCACUUGAUUGGAUUAUUCUGCAUGACUAUGAUAGCUAGAAAACAACUUCAGAAGACUCUCAAACGAACAGUGGUGGAAAAGGAGCCUCCAGAGCUCUUCCUGUCCGUGUCAUCAUGGGGAUCAAAGCCGCACUUCCCAAAUAUGAGAUCUACUUCUACAACACGGUGCUUUGUCUGGCCAUGUUCUGGGCUGCCAACUGGAUCUUUGAUGUGUCCAGUUCCAAUGCAAACAGAAAGACUUUCAAAACUGGCGUGCGGCCAGGAUGGUACUACUUUGGGAGGAAAAUGGAUACGGCUGACUUUGAGUGGAUGAUGUGGUUUUCCACCUUCAGGGAGCACAUCCUGUUUGCUCUCUCCGGCCACGUGCUCUUCGCUAAGAUCUGCUCCAUGUUGGCUCCACAGUACAGGUCCCUGGUGUACAUGGUGUACGGGCUGCUGGCUGUGUGGACCAGCAUGGGCUGGACCUACGUCACCCUCAUCCUGUCCCACUGCAUCCUGCUCUACAGCAUCUCCUUAGUGAAAAUCCGCUGGCUUUGCUUUGUCACCGGCCUCUGUACCCUUGCUACCUUCAAGUGUGAACCCUUUGUGUCCUGGCAGGCAGGUUUUGUGGAGGGGGACUUUGAGCUGCGUCAGGUUCUCUUCUACGGAGGUUGUGGGUUUACUAUCAUGCGCUGUAUGAGCUUUGCUCUGGAGAACUGUGAGAGGAAAGAUGGAAACUACAACAUCCUGGAGCUGCUCAAGUACAACUUCUACCUCCCUUUCUUCUAUUUCGGGCCGAUCAUGACCUUCGAUAAGUUUUAUGUUCAAGCCAACAAGUCAGACCUGACCAGGAAAGAGAGGGAGAUGUGGAACAUCAGCCUGCAGGGAGCCGUUCACCUGGCAGCCAUCAUCGUCGUGGACAUCCUCUUCCAUUUCAUGUACAUCCUGACCAUCCCCACCGACCUGAAGCUGCUGAAGAAAACCUCUGACUGGGCUCUAGUGGGCCUGGCGUACUUUAACCUGGUGUAUGACUGGGUUAAAGCUGCUGUCAUGUUUGGAGUCAUCAACACAGUGUCCAGACUGGACCAUCUGGACCCUCCCAAACCGCCAAAAUGCAUCACAAUGCUCUACGUGUUUGCGGAAACCCAUUUUGACAGAGGGAUCAACGAGUGGCUGUGCAAGUAUGUGUACGAUUACCUGGGUGGAAAACACGAGAACGUGGUGGAGGAGCUGGUGGCGACGCUGUGCACCUUCGGGGUCACCAUCCUCUGGCUGGGACCCUGCGAGGUGGUGCUGAUCUGGGCUUUCUUUAACUGCUUCGGCCUCAACUUUGAGCUUUGGACCGCCAAGUUCUUCUCCAUGGAGCCUUUUGCUUCUUUAGAGAUGGGGAUGUCAGAAGCAAUGUCCCGCCGGAUCAGAGCCGUCUUUAAUACUUUCAACUUCUGGAGCAUUGUGCUGUACAACAUCCUGGCCUUGAACAGUUUGGACUUUGCCAAGAUGGUCGCAAAACGUCUGUUUCUCAAAGGCUUCCCUUUCACCACCAUCAUCGUCAUGUUUGUGACCUACUGCCUGGUUCAAGUGAUUAAGGAGAGAGAGAGGAGGCAGGCCCUUAUUGAUGACCCAGAUCCUCUUCCUCCUCCUGCUCCCCCUGCAGCCGCCGCCGCAGCCGCCGCCAGUGCAACGGGUGGUGCAGCUGCACCCGCCGCUGCUCCACCAGUCGCAGAUCCUAGCAAGGAAAAAGCAGAAUAGUAUCUAACUGUUUACUUCAGUGAUAGUGAAGGAUGUAUACAGCCAAGAGUAUUAUCACCAGUCCAGAUUUCAGAUCAGAAAUUGUUAACAGAUGCUUGAUUCUGCUGAAAGAAAAUCAUUAAAUGUAAAUAAGUUUACCAUCAUUUAACUGUUUAUACCUACAAGGGAAAAAUAGAACUUACUGAAAGACAUUUAUUCAAAUAUGAUACAGUAUAAUACAUAAAAACUCUGUAGGGAUGUCAAAACUAAAUUUUCACUUUUCUGUCACUAAUGCGAAAAAUAAACUGCAAAGAUUUC